AUGGCUUUUGAGCUCCUUACACUGAGGAUGUUCCAUGGAGGUAAAUUACAACAGUAUCCUAUCAACUACAAAGGAGGUAUUAUGACAGAGUACUUUGAUAUUGAUGUUGACAGAUUUUCAUAUUUUGAGUUUGUAGACUAUGUGAAAGAAAAUGGGUAUAAUUGUGAAACAUGUGAUAUUUAUGUGAGACCACCUAUGUCUAGCACUUUGGUAAAAGAUUUAGCUGAUAGGGAUAUUAUGGGUAUUGUGCAUCUAUUAAAAAAUGGGGAUAUAUUUGAAGUGUGUGUGUCCUACUUUGUUGAUGAAGCAUUAGUGGUCCCUCCAGCUAUUGAAUAUGGCAGUGAAGGUGUAGGGUUUGAAGAACCACAAAAGAGUGUCCCUGUUACUGAUGAUGUGUCUAGUGGUUAUGAGGGUGGUCCUUCUAAUCUUGAUGAUACUCCAUUAGUUGAAACUGAUGUAGAAAGCAGUGACCAUAGUACAGAUUCAGAAAUUGAAGAGCUGUUUGAGGAAGGGGAAGAAGAAUAUGGUAGUGAUGUUGAUGAAGAGUAUAGGAAUUUAAGAGAAGAGAGGAAAAAGAUGAAGCUGCUAGUUUUGAAACAAAUCCUGAUGAAACUGCUUAUGAUGAAGGUGAAGAUGAAGUCCAAUAGCCAACUUUCUUUUGAGAGUGUUAGACAGUUUAGAGAAGCACUUACUAAGUAUGCAGUUGAUGAACAUGUAGAGUUAGAUAAGUAUGUUAAUGAACGAACAAGGGUGAGAGUAAAGUGUUGUGCUGGCUGUCCAUGUCUCUUGUUUGCUAGUUAUGAUUCUAGGACAAAAGCUUUUGUUGUGACGAACUAUAAUCCACUUCACAAGUGCAAUGGUACUACCAAGAAUAAACUGUGCAACUCAAAGUACUUAGUAGAAAGAUAUAAGGAUAGAAUAAUUUAUGAACCAACUAUUAGAAUCUUUAAGUUUCAGGAGUUAGUUCAAAAGGAGUUAGAAGUGUAUAUUGGAAGGACUGUUGCAAGGAAAACCAAGAAUAUUGUAUUAACACAGAUUAUGGGAGACCAUAUUAAGGAGUUUGGCAGAAUUCUGGACUAUAGAGAUAAGCUGCUAAGGACUAAUCCAGACAGCACAUGUGUUGUGAGACUUAGUGAAGAAACACAUGAAGAUGGAAGGAAAAUGUUUGUAGCAUUUUAUAUCUGCUUUGAUGUAUUGAAAAAGGCCUUCCUUGAUGGUUGUAGGAGGUGUAUUGGGUUUGAUGGUUAUUUUUUGAAAGGUGUAUGUAAAGGGCAAUUACUUGUGGCUGUUUGUAAGGAUGGGAAUAAUCAGAUGUUGCCAUUGGCUUGGUCAGUAGUUAAAGUUGAAAACACAUUUAAUUGGAGAUGGUUUGUGAACCUUUUAAAGAAUGAUCUUGAGCUUGGAGAUGGGACAGAGUUGACUGUUAUUACAGACAUGCAGAAAGUAACUUAUAUUCUGUUAAAUGUGUUGUUCAAAUCUGUUAAUCUUUUUAUUCUUUUAACUGUUUAUCUUUUAUAUGUUAUAGGGACUUGA